UGCCCGGCCCGCGCCCAGCGCCCCGCGCCGCCUGCCGGGCCCUGCGGCCUCCGCCCGCCGCUUCCUCGGCGCGUCUGGGCGAGCCAUGGCGCUCAACAAUUUCCUCUUCGCACAGUGCGUCUGCUACUUCCUGGCCUUCCUCUUCAGCUUCGUGGUGGUGGUGCCGCUGUCCGAGAACGGCCACGACUUCCGCGGCCGCUGCCUGCUCUUCACCGAGGGCAUGUGGCUGAGCGCCAACCUGACGGUGCAGGAGCGCGAGCGCUUCACGGUGCAGGAGUGGGGCCCGCCGGCCGCCUGCCGCUUCAGCCUGCUCGCCAGCCUCCUCUCGCUGCUGCUCGCCGCCGCGCACGCCUGGCGCACGCUCUUCUUCCUCUGCAAGGGACACGAGGGCUCCUUCCUCUAUGCCUUUCUGAACCUCCUGGUCAGCGCCUCCGUGGUCUUCCUCGUCUUCAUUGCCAGCACCAUCGUGAGCGUGGGCUUCACCAUGUGGUGUGACGCCAUCACCGAGAAGGGCACUGUGCCCCACAGCUGUGAAGAGCUCCAGGACAUCAAUUUGGAGCUGAGCGUGGACAACUCUGCCUUCUAUGACCAGUUUGCCAUCGCCCAGUUUGGCCUCUGGGCCUCGUGGCUGGCCUGGCUGGCCAUCACCAUCCUGGCUUUCCUGAAAGUCUACCACAACUACCGCCAGGAGGACCUGCUGGACAACCUGGUCCACGAGAAGGAGCUGCUCCUGGCCAGGCCGACCCCCCGUGCCUCCUUCCAGGAGGAGAAGAGUGCUGUCAUCUAGGAUGCCCCCCACCCCGCCCAGGGCUCACGGCCCGACCCAGGGGAGGAGCUGGGGACUGUGCCUGGCCCGGCUUUGCCCCUCGCCUUGCAUGUUUCCCUUUGGCUCUGUGUGACGUGAGUGACCCCGCUCACCCAAGCACCCCAUUCCCACCUUGAGUGUGGCAGUUGACUAGGGUGGGCGCCAGCCCUCACACAGGGACACACAGAGACCGUGGGACCCCCUCCGGGCCUCAUGCACAUGCAGCACCCCUGUCCCGGGGGCACUGGCCGGGCGAGCCUGGGCGGGGGGCAUCCACCCUCUUGGAUGCCUCUGGCCAUAGGGCUUGCAGGUCAUGCCUCAGCUGGACGCUGUCUCCAUCUGCUUGCCCAGGUGUGAUUCUGUGCCCGAUCCUGUGGCAGCAGCCCAUGUCCCCAGAGUGACCCCAACCCACGAUGGCCACUCAUCAGUCUUGUCCUUUGCUCCUGAGCAAUGUGUGGGGCCUGGGAGCAGGGGUCCAAUGGCAGAAAGGAGCUGCCCUGCCCUGUGUGGCCCGCCUUCUGGCCCCGCGCUUCCGCCACCCCCACCGCAGGGCUGAGUUCCCUGUGCUCAGGCACUGUGGCCCCAGGUGGCCAGGCGGGUCUCAGCAUCCAAAGCACAGGGCCAGUGGUGUUGCCCGCAGUCAGGUGGUGGCUGUGCGGGCGUCCUGGCAAGUGGCUGUGGUGUCAGAGCUGGGAGCUGGUGCCUGGUGCCCCAGGACUGGCUGGGGGAGCCCCGCAUGGCCCUGCCUGGAGGGGCACAGUGUGGGGAGGUGGGGACAUGGGCUGGGGGGUGCCCCACUUCCUAUGGAGGGAGGGAUGGGGCAGGUGCCACUGCAAGUGUCUGCAUGUGUGUGUGAGUGCAUGUGAGGGCGUGGAAGUGUAUGUGUGAUAUGAGUGUGCACAUGUGGAAGUCUGCAUGGGGAAGGUGUGAGCGUGUGAAUGUGAGUGUGCAGUUGUAUGUGAGCACACAUGUACAAGUGUGAGUGUGCUUGUGCACGUAUGCACAAACAUACAAGUGUGUGAGCAAGCUGUGUGUGAGUAUGCAUGUGCACGAGCGUGAGUGUGAACAUGAGUGUGCACAAGAAUGUGGGUAUGUGCACGUGAGCGUGCAUAUGCGUAAGUGUGAGUAUGGGUGGGAAUGUGUGUGUGCACAAGUGAGUGUGAACGUAUACGUGUGAGUGUGUGUGCACCGGAAGGUGUGAGCAGAGAUCAGAGCGGGGGAGGACACAGCAGCUCCUUGGUACCUUCGCCCACUGGGAUGUCCCCAGUACCCCUGGCACCUCAGUGGAGGGGCUGCCUUCCCAUCUGAUGGCGUCCAAAGCACCAAGGCCCCCGAGGACACGACCCCAUCCACACGGAGGCAGGAAGAGGAGUUGGGGGUGGAAAUGGGACCCUAGAGCUCAGUGAUGAGCAACCUGGGGCUGCUUGGCUGUGGAUGCCCCUCUUCACAGGGCUCCCCGGCUUCUGCAACUGCACAUAGUCCCCCGAGUCCUGCCCAGGAGUGGGGCGCUCCUUCCCCCGGGCUCAGUGAGCCAUUCCCGUUUCCUGGGCUGACCCUCCAGGAAAGGAGAGACCUGGCUCCCCAUGUCCGUGCCUUGUGCUGCCAGAGGCCGUUUUGGUGUCCCACGUGGCGGGCACAGGGUCUCCAGAGGCCGUGGAUCUGGGUCUGGAUCGAGGUGCGGAGUGGGGCAGGGAGCCUGGGCCAGGGAGGGGCGCCUGCAGGUCGCCUGUACAGACGCUGCCCAGCUGGCACCUGUCAGUGGGGGAGACCGGGGCCAGGUGGGUGAAGGCCGGCAUUGCAGAGGCACUCCGGCCCCAGGACCUGGCUGAGAACGCCAGGCAGAGCGGCUGGCCGGUCCUUGGGGGAGUUGUGUUGGCUCAAGAUCUGCUCUCACCAGGUGCUUGCGCAUAGGCUGUGGGGACCCUCUCCGGCCCCGGAGAGUUCCGGUCUGUUGGCAGCAACCAGCCAGGCCCUGGGAAGGACGAGCAGGGUCAGGCCGUGGACUUCUAGAGCCUGAGGGUCCACAGCAGAUUUGGGUGUGCCCUUCGCAGCUGCCAUGCAUGGGUUGCUGGGAGCCGGUGUGGGGUGCCCCUCGCUCAGGCUGGCAGAGAUGUGCGUCCACAUGCACCUCUAAGGGUCACCUGCAGAGCGGGGCUCGUCGCUGGCAUGGACCUAUCUGACUGGCGGCACCUCCAGAUGUCUGUGCCCGGGGGCUUCCUGGGAGAGGGUAGUGGGACCGCGCUGUGUGCCCUGCAGGGGGCGGGGGCGGGGGCCGGCCCCGGGCUUCCUGAGACGGGACCACAGGAUCGCCUCUGCGGUGCUGCCUUGCUUCUCCCGGCUGCUGUUGGAUGACGCAUCUUCGUUUUCAUUCUACUUCUGACGAAAUUGAAAGUAAUGAUUCUUCCACUUAAGUGUAUCUAUUUCUCAAAGUCAAAAUAAACACAGAGGUCCUGA